AUGAUGAGCGCGGUACGCGAAUGCCCCAGCGAUCCGCUUUGCGCCGACGGCGGCGCGCGCGCCGUCUCGGGGGAAGCGGAGGGCGCUGACGUGUUCCGCGUGGUGAUUGUCGGCGCGGGGCCGGCGGGACUGGCGCUGGCGAAUUACCUGCUGGCACGUGGCGGCGGCAGGUUCCACGUCAGCGUGAUCGAGAAGGGCGAGGAUCCGCGCGCGGAGGUCGAAGAGGCGGCGGAGAUCGCGCGCCGGUACGCCAUGGGGCUGAGCAUUCGCGGGAUGCACUGCCUGAUGGCCAUUCCGGGGGUUAUGGACAAGGUGCAGCCAGUGCUGGUGAAUCCGCACGAGAUGGUCAUGCCUGCCUUCGGCCGCCUCGUCAGAUUCUCAAUGCCCAAGGACCCCCCUCAAGGCUUCGUCUCUCGCACGGACCUGUGUGCUUCUCUGCUUGACGCGCUUAUCGAGAGAGCCACUAAGGGGGACAAACCUGGAACCGCAGGUGAAGGGACUUCUGAUGCGGAUAAGGAGAAGGCUAGUGUUGAGGAGCAGAAACACCUGAAGAAACACCUGAAGAAACACCUGAGCAAACACGUGACGGUGUAUUUUGAGUCAAGGAUUGUGGAUGUGGAUAUGAAGGGCCAUGUGGUCACGGCUUCCGUGCCUUGCAGCAGGGGCUGUGAAGACAGCAACAACAGUGGUAGCAGCGGCAGCACCAGCAGCAGCAGUGGUGACAGCAGCAAUGGGGGUGGUGGCAGUGAUUUCGAGAACGUUCAGAUCAAAUAUGACCUUCUGGUGGGGGCGGACGGGGUGCGCUCCUAUGUGCGCAACCUCCUGGCUGCCCGCACAUGGGACUUCCCUGUGCACACCGACCGCGUGUAUCACGACUGGACAGUCGUUAACAUGCCUGUGCCGCCCUCCCUCACGCCCUCCUCGCUCUUCUUUGCUGCCAAGGUCCCCAACACAAAAAACAUCGGUGUGGUGGCAAUGCCGCAGGUGGGCGGCGAGAUGUGUCUGGUGUGGGGGUGGAAGUCCACGGACCCGCCCCUGGACUGGCUCUCCCUCGCCUCCCCGGCUGCUGCCAAGCGGUACCUCGAUGAGAGAUUGCCCUGGCUGAAUGUUCCCGAGGAAGCUGCGUGGAAUCUGCUGAAGCAGAAGCCACGGACCAGCAUGCAGGUGGGUCACUCUUCCUUUCUCGCCCUCUGCCCCUUUACCUCUUUUCUCGCUCUCCCACUCCACUCCACGCUCCCCUCCGUGGGGCACGGCUUCAAUUCCUCCGUCACACAUGCGCUCCCUGCUCGCCUCCCCCCCCCGGUCCCCCUACCCAUCCCCCAAUGA